GGGCCCCGGCGUCCGCGGGAAACCCAGGGUGGUGGUUCUCUGCUCCGGGUAGCUGCGGGAAUGGCAGGCUUGGGGAGCUUGGUCCUGCGGCCUUGGAUUCGAGAGCUGGUCCUGGGGUCAGAUGCACUCUCAAGUCCGCAGGCGGGGCAGCUGCUCGAGGUGCUGCAGGAGGCCGAGGCCCCGGGCCCGUCCCGCGCCCCUGACCCGUCUGAAGUCGCGGCCGCGCUGCUUGUGUCUGACGGGACUCACAGUGUCCGGUGCCUAGUGACGCGGGAGGCCCUGAACGCCUCGGACUGGGAGGAGAAGGAGUUCGGCUUCCGAGGGGCAGAAGGCCGGCUGCUGCUGCUGCAGGAUUGUGGAGUCCGCGUCCGAGUCGCCGAAGGCAGCGCGCCCGCUGAGUUCUACCUCCAGGUGGACCGCUUCAGCCUGCUGCCCACGGAGCAGCCCCGGGAACGGGUGAUAGGUUGCAACCAGGACCCGGAUGUUCAGAAAAAGCUCUUUGACUGUCUGGAGGAGCACCUUUCAGAGUCCAUCUCCCCCGGUGCAGGCCUUUCACUGUCCCAACUUCUGGAUGAGGUGCAGGAGGACCAGGAGCAUCGGGGGGCGCUAGUACACCUGGCUGAGAGCUGUUUGAUGCUGGCAGGCCCUUGCACAGCACCCCCCCUCACCCGCUGGGCCGCCUCCCGCCUUAGGGCCACGGGAGAAGCUGUGUACACUGUCCCCAGCUCAUGGCUGCACAUCUCUGAGAAUGACCAGCGAGUUCUGAGUUCUCUGGGCCCAGGCCAGAGGACACAGGGCCCUGAGCUGCCCCCACCAGACCCAGCUUUGCAGGACCUAUCGCUGACCCUCCUCUCUCCUUCCUCACCUACUUCCUCAGGAACCCCAGCUUUAUCCAGCCACAUGUCCUCAGAGGAGAGCGGUGCCAGCAUCAGCCUUCUGCCUGCCCUGUCCUUGGCUGCUUCAGAUCCAGUGCAGAAGGGCAGCUCCCAGGCUGUACCAGCCAUCUGUUCAGCCCCUGGCCCCCGGCCCCUCAGCUCCCCACACCCUAGUCAUGUACCCAGUUCCCCACUCCUGAGCUGCACCCCAAGUCUGUCACCCCUGGGCCAUGUACCCAGUCCACAUCAGGCCGUUGUGACUAGGGCCCAGAAACCUAGCCUGGAGUUCAAGGAGCUAGGGUUGCCCCCCAAGAAAUGGCAGCACUCUGCAAGGACAAAAACCAGCACAGGAGCCCUGGAGUCCAGCCCUGUUUGGGAUCCUCCAAAGAGGCAUCGUGAUGGUUCUGCCUUCCAAUAUGAGUACGAACCACCCUGCACCUCCCUCUGUGCCCAGGUCCAAGCUGUCAGGCUCCCUCCCCAGCUCGUGGCCUGGGCCUUGCACUUUCUGAUGGAACCACAGCCAGAUUCUGAGCUGACCCAGGUGUGAGGGAGCAUGGGGGAGGAUGUAUGCACACAGAUCCAUGCCGGGGAUAGACAAACAGUGCUCCACACUCUGCUCCUUUGAGUUUUUUAAUAAAAUAAUCUCAUGCGGC